CUACGAAUGAGAAACGUCACCACUAGUAGCCGUCAGCCAACGUUUGCUCUGUUGCUGUAUUGCUGUAUUGCCAGUGCGUGCAUGCUUUUCACACGACAAUGAAACCACGGCCAGUGUUUCCCACGUUUCCUAUACCAGCGCGAUCUCACACUGUCUUCGCAAACCUGAAAUGCCAUCGAAGCAUACACACCCGGGCCACAAUGCCUGCAUUGAGCUGUCAGAUAUGGCAUGAUGGGUCCCGGAAUAUCAUACAAUGGGGGAGGCAGAAAAAGAGGUUGGAGACACAGAUGAGCCGGCAUGCCUCAUCUUCAGCGUCGACGGCAAAGAAGGCAGAAUAUGGCAGGGCCAUGCCACCACCUCCUGCCAAAACCAGCAAUGCGAACACACUUAAGGUCACAAACCCUUCGCAACCUCCAAGGAAAUCUCAAUCUUCCCCCCUCGUUCCCGCGCAGACUCCCACUUCGAAGGCCACAACCGUCCCAACACUGCGAGCGAAGGAGAAGUUGAACCCACCGCCUUUUACCUAUGCCCCCGAAAUAUCCGUUCCCGCACGAAAACCAGACCAGAACUUUGUCAAGUGGCUAUACCGCGCCGGUCGCGCAUACCUCACCUUCUAUAAAACGGGCAUCUCACAUGUCCGACAAACAUCAAAAUUCGCCAAGACACUGCGCCAAAAGGCUGCUCAAAUACCCAACAAAGACAUAAGCGAGGUUCUGACAAGAGCGGAAUGGCAGAUUGUGCGGAGAAGCAGAUCGGACACGUUGAGGUUACCGGCGUUCGGUCUUUUGGUCUUGUUACUUGGAGAGUGGUUACCGAUUGUCGUCAUGUACAUUACGCCUGUAAUUCCAGAGGCGUGCAGAAUACCACAGCAGGUUCAACGCGCGAUACGGAAACUUGAGGACAAGCGGCAAGACCGGUUAAGAAGGGUCGCUCUAGAUGCAAUGCGACUGAUGAGCAGGGAUCGCCCGCCUAUUGGCACCGCAUCUUCUGACGCGCCAUCCGUAUCCCCACCGAAUAAUGGACUGCUCAUGCCAGUCACCACGAAGAGAUGGAACGAGAUGACGCUCUACGAGCUCUCGCUUACCGCCGCACAACUCGACUGCUAUCCCGCAAUAUUUGACUUGCUACCUCUGACAGCACCCAAGUUCCUCUUACAGCGCAAUGUUAGGAAGAAGUUGGAGUACUUGAACACGGACGAUAGGUUGAUUAACAGAGAUGGCGGAUGGGCAGGUCUUGGGAAGGAGGAGCUUCAGAGGGCUUGUGUGGAUAGAGGUUUGCCUGUUUUGGGGAAGAGAGAAGAUGAGUUGAGGAAGGCGUUGGCGAAGCUGGAGGGGUGUUAAGGCGUACACGAGCGACAGAGAUUGUGCAUAUGACUAUAAGAUUCGACGAAGACGUCAAGACGAUGCUCAAGGUUUAAAAUAGACAUGUAGACAUUUUUUGUUUGCAAUAUAGAUCUCAGAGAUACCCAAAUAUCAC